GUACCAACGUCAAGGGCUCUCGGGAUACAACAAACUCAAUGGUAAACAUAGAGUGCCUACUAUGACGAAAUCAAUAUUUUUACAUCUGUAUAUGUAGAGAAAUACGAUGCCAAAUGGAAUUGAAGCACAAAGCCACUAGUAUCAGAGAGGAGAGUAUAAUUUUUAAAGAUUUCCCGGAGCCUAUGAUAGUAAGUAGAUAUUAUGCCUGAUUGAAUGAAAUACGGGAGGAGGUAUGGUAUGGGAGAGAGAGUGAGGAGGGGUCUUUUGCCCCACUUGAAAAAGAGAAUCCAAACUGUUUUGCACCAAUAAUAACCUUAAUAUCUCGGAGAGGAGAGUGCUGCUCGUGGGGUUUACUAUCUCUCUUCCCCCUUUUGCUUCUUUGUCUUAGUGUCCUAAUUUCUUUCUUUCCGUCUUUUUCCUAUCAUUUGUUUCCUCUGGCAGAUAUUGUUAUCCCCUUUAGCCUUUCUCAAAAUGACAUUACAAGCAAUCCAAUAUAGUGAUGGCAACCUUGCCAUCAUUGAUCAACUACAGCUCCCGCAUGUCGAAAAAUACAUUACAAUUCAGACAAGCGAAGAAGGUUGGCAUGCGAUUAGGGAGAUGCGAGUGAGAGGAGCACCCGCUAUUGCUAUCGUAGCGGCUCUCGCACUUGCAUCGGAGCUUGCCACUUUAAAGACUCGCCAUAAACUAUCCUCAAAAGCCGAAGACACGCAGACUUUUAUCAUAGAGAGGUUACGUUACCUUGUGACUUCCAGACCUACAGCAGUCAAUCUCAGUGACGCAGCAGGUAAAUUAGAGAACAUAGUGACAGAGAGUGCUAAAAUGCCCGAGUCUACAGGCCACGGCGUUGCUACAGCGUUUAUUCAAGCUGCCGAAGCAAUGCUGGCGAAAGAUGUCGACGAUAAUAGAAAGAUUGGAAAAUAUGGCGCGAUGUGGAUAUCAAAAAAUGCUCUCUCUGAUAACGACUCAAAGGCAACAGUCCUUACGCAUUGCAAUACGGGUUCUCUUGCGACUUCGGGGUUUGGAACAGCAUUAGGGGUAAUUCGCGCUCUCGCAUCCACGGAUACCCUUCGACAUGCCUAUUGCACCGAAACAAGACCCUACAAUCAAGGCUCUCGUUUGACAGCAUUCGAACUAGUUCACGACGGUAUUCCUGCUACCUUGAUAACAGACUCGAUGGCAGCUGCAUUGCUCGCGAGAACCGAGAUAGGCGUGAAUGCAAUCGUGGUGGGGGCAGACAGGGUAGCAGCUAACGGUGAUACUGCAAACAAGAUAGGCACGUAUGGUCUUGCUGUACUUGCAAAGCACCAUGGUGUAAAGUUUCUUGUGGCUGCACCACUCACAACUAUUGAUCUAGCUACCAAGUCGGGUGGUGAGAUUACUAUCGAGGAGCGCCCCGCGUCCGAAGUUACUAUGGUUACAGGCUCCCGUGAGGAUGGAGGGGCUUCUGAAACCGUCAAAGUGGAAACCGUAUGCAUAGCAGCGAAAGGAAUCAAUGUUUGGAAUCCAGCAUUUGAUAUAACUCCAUGGGCUCUUAUUGAUGGUAUCAUAACUGAGAAGGGUGUGGUGGAAAAAGGCCCCGACGGAUCUUUUCACUUGGAUGAACUUUUCAAGGACUGAGGAGUGAUCAAAGCCCUCGUGUUAUCCUGAUGGACGCUCUUUUCUUUUGAGGUCUGCGGUUUCUCGAAGCCAUUAAGCAGUUCAUCAAUCUUGCUUUCUAGGCUGCUCAGAUGGUUCUCUAGAGCCAGAGCUGCUUUCUCGCCUCUGGAAAGUAUAAGCAAAGGAUGUCUGAGACGAUAUAGGACAGCAGUGUUUAUACUUGGCAAUAUCAUUAAAUGUCUGUAGUGGUGUUAGUGCAAUGGGUAUGAGCUGACUGGUGUGUUGCCAUGCAUAGAAGCCAAAAAUUUUGACUACGAUGUUGAUACAUGGGGAAGAGUCUUACUUGCAUGAUGUUGGAAUCAUUUAGAUGGUCAUUCUGGUGCGACAUGGUGGUCUGGAUAGUAAAGAAGCUGUGGGGAUAAAUCAACGUUCCGUACGGUACUAGUAUUUAUUUUGCGGAACAAGGAUCAUAGUCACCUGAUCAUCCAUAAAUAGUCACUGGCAGUUGAGUCAGGAAUCUUUCAUUACUCUGUGUUAUUAGUG